AUGGGGAGCUCACUGCUGAGCCCAGCAACAGUACAGAAUGAUCUCGCGGCAAAAAGGCAGCAACAAGAACAACAAACAAACCCGGCCGCUUUGGCCGGACUCCUGUUGAAAGCUCUCGAGGCGAAUUCGGGCGCAGCGUUCGCUAGACGCCUCAAUCCAAAGAACGACGUGGCUGGCGCUCCAAAACUGCAUUUGUUUGGCUGGAACGUUGGAGCGCGAUAUCCAACCCCCGAGUGGGCGCAGGCGCUGGCAUCUGUCAAGUCACGACCCGUGGUGGAGAUCAUCAACCAGGACGAGAUGCGAUCCCUGGCUAACAUCUUCUUCGAGAGGGUGGAUCCCUGUUAUCCCUUUAUCGAUCGAGAGACAUUGUUGCGUCAAAUAAGCAGGCGAUGGCUGCCGGCCUCCUCCGAGUCUCUGGGCUUCGGACCUUAUGAUACGGUACUCUGUGGCGUUGCAGCCUUUGGGUGCUUAUUCUCCCGCCGACGAGCUACGCCGAUGGAACUGCAGCUCAUUGAGUCUGCUCGGUCGAUCCUUGAGCAGAGCUUACAGUCUGAACCACUUUCUCCAGUUGAAACUGUGACGGGCUGGGUGUUACGAGUCGCCUAUCUUCGCAUGACGGCUACGGCCCAUGCUGCCUGGAUGGCAAGCUGCUCUCUCAUGCACCUCAUCGAAGCAACGGGCAUGCACAUUGAGCCCUCAUCCAACACAGCGCUUGAUAUAGCGUCAACAACUGAAUCCUGCAACCCAGAAACCCGCCGACGCCUCUUCGCAAUGGCCCGUCAUCUCAACGUCUGGAUAUCCUUUGAACUCGGCCGCUCUCGCGUCGUCCUGCAAGGCGCAACCUCUCUCCCACCAAGUCCACGGCAACUUGGCUCGACCCCUGGCUUCACGGCCGACCCAGCAACAACAACAGACAUCUUCAACCUCCUCCCGGUCUCCGAGAGUUUGGACCCAAACGAAGCACAGGACGUCUCGAAUCUCGAAAUCGCACUAACCGAUGUCCUUGACAUUAUCUACACCCAGCCUCAUCUCAUCCUCGUCCAAUGCAACCUAAUGCUCUGCAUAUACCGCCGCCUGCGCGCCCUUAACUCCAUCAUCACCGGAGAUCUUCUUGACCGUGUCCUAGCGCUUUCUGGCAAGGGCCUAAAAGCCGUCUCCGAGCUUGUUGCAGUAAACUCGCCUUGGCACCAGAUCGCGAAUGUACCCUUCCAAGUUGUAUGCACAUUACUGGCUAUCGACAAUCGUGCCUCCCUGGCGAUGCUGCGUGAUUCCAUGCAUGCGCUACACGAGGUUGCCUCUGCUUAUGACACAGAGGUCAUGCGCGAGGCCUACACCACGGCUUACCUGAUGAUUGUGAUGCACCAGCGACGAAAAGAGGAAGAUAUCCAGAUGCUUAGGGACGUCUUGCAGUUGAAUCCGUCUGUAUCUGUUCCCACAGACACGCCGAUCCGAGAGUCUGCGGUGCAGUCGGAUCACACCCUUAUGGAUUACCCUGGUUUUUCCUGGCUGAGCGACAUUUUGGUUGAUAUACCCAGUCUACGGGAUUUUGAUAUGGAGCCGGUAUGA